AUGUCCAAGGCUUACAACAGAGUUGAUUGGGAUUUUCUGAAGAAUGUUUUUACAAGAUUCAGUUUUUCUGACACUUGGAUCGAUAUGGUAUUGAGACUUGUUUCUGGGAACUGGUACUCCAUCUUGAUUAAUAGCCACAGGAGGGGCUUCUUUCAUUCUACCAGAGGUUCAAAACAUGGGGAUCCUCUAUCCCCAUCUCUUUUUCUAUUAGGGGAUGAGGUUCUUUCCAAGCUGUUAAAUAGACUCCCUUUGCAUCCCCAAUUUUUCGGCUUUCAAAUGCAGCCUCGUGGCCCUCAGAUUACGCAUCUUGCUUAUGCAGAUGAUGUGAUCAUCUUCAUAGCUAGAACUCGGUCUUCUAUUGAGCUGGUCCUUCAACAGCUUAGGUGUCCCCUUUAUGUGGGAAGAAAGAAGAUUGUUUUAUUCAAUGAAGUGGUGUCCAAAAUUGUAAGAAAAACCAAUGGUUGGCAAGGUAAACUUUUAUCUAUAGGGGGAAGGGCAGUGCUCAUCAAACAUGUUUUUCAAUCCCAACCCCUUCAUCUUUUGGCUGCUAUAAAUCCCCCUAAGACUGUCAUAAAACAAAUUGAAGCUUACUUGGCCAAAUUUUUUUGGGGAUCUUCUGAUGGGAAAAAUCGAUACCAUUGGUCUUCAUGGGAUAAUUUAUGCUAUCCUACAAAGGAAGGAGGGUUGGGGUUUAGAAGAAUUAUAGACAUAUCGGAAAGUUUUGCUUACAAAAGAUGGUGGAGAUUUAGAUCGGUCAAAACCUUAUGGUCAGAUUUCCUACUUGCCAAAUAUUGCAAAAGAGUUGGACCAGUUGAGAGAAAAUAUCAAUCUGGGCAGUCUCAUUGUUGGAAGAAAUUCAUGGAGAUAAAAUUUGAAGCAGAAAAAAAUAUCCUCUGGAGGAUUAACAGGGGGGAUAUUAGUUUAUGGUGGGACAACUGGACCGGUCAAGGGGCUUUAGCAUUUAUGGUCGAGACAGCAGGGGCAAAUUUAAAGUUACUAGUGAAAGAUGCCAGAAUCGAUGGAGAAUGGGCCUUUCCUGAGCUUCAUCAACUUCCUGAAUAUAUUAUCGAACUCAUUAAUUCCAUUGAGGUUGGUGAUCCUGAUAUUCCAGAUCUCGCUAUUUGGAUGUCAUCAGUGCCAGGUGUGCCGCUAAAUUCGGUGAGAAAAAGAUGUAUGUUUCCAACUGUCUAUCAAAUUUUCUUUCAUCUCAAAUGGAUCCUGGCUAAGUAUGAUAUGAACUUCGACUGGGAAUCUCGCUGGCCAGAGAUUUGCAAUACUCUCAUGAACUCUCGAGAUGAGUUCAAAUGUACCAUCAUUAAAUGGGAAAGGCCCGAACUGAAUUGGGUAAAAUUAAAUACGGAUGGUAGUAAAUUCGGUGAUGGUCACAUCGGGGCAGGUGGUGUUAUCAGGGAUUUCGCUGGCCAUAUGCACAUGGAUUUUACAAAAAGCUUAGAUACGGGCAGCCACAACUAUGCUGAGGCAAAGGCUUCCCUCUUUGGGCUUCGGUGGUGCAAGGAGAAUGGUUUGCAUAAUGUCAUUUUAGAGUGUGACUCUAAGUUUGUCGUAGAUAUGUUGAAAUAUGCUUGUGCAGUACCUUGGCAACUGUACCAUAUUAUUGAGGAGACUAGAAAGAUUAUUUCUCAGAUUAAUGUGGUCACACAACACUGUUUUAGGGAAGGGAAUCAAGUAGCGGAUGCCAUGGCUAAAGUGAGCACAAGGGGACAAGAUAUGAUCGUCUACAACUGUAAUAACCUCCCAAAAGAGGCUCUCGGCCCCUUCAGACUGGAUUUAAUCCAAAUGCCAUCGUUCAGGCGCAAGCAUGUUAAGAUACAAUUUAGAAGCCGCUAA